AUGAGCAACCCUCACUCCAAGGCCAAGGAAGCGGUCUUUGACCUGGACCUGCCAAGUUCAGCCUUCAUCUCCAACUUUACCUUAACCAUUAAUGAGAAGAUCUAUGUGGCUGAGGUGAAGGAAAGACACCAGGCCAAGAAGAUGUACGAUGAAGCCCGCCGGCAGGGCAAGACAGCCGCCCACAUCAGCACCAAAGAUCGAGAAACAGAAAAAUUCCGGGUGUCUGCCAACGUGGAGGCAGGGGGCAAGGUAGCCUUUGAACUAACCUACGAGCAGCUGCUGCAGCGGCACCUGGGCAGGUACCAGCAUGCCAUCAGCAUCCGGCCCCAGCAGGUGGUAAGGAACCUCAGCGUGGAAGUGAGCAUCUCGGAGCGCACUGGCAUCGACUACGUGCACAUCUUGCCACUCCGCUCAAGCAGACUGCUGACCAACACUCUCCGAGGGGAUUCUGAAAUGCCACCGUCCACCCGGGUGGAGAAAGGAACACACUGCGCAUGGAUCAUCUUCGCCCCAACACCCCAAGAGCAGGCCAAAUACUCCAACUUAGGAAUUGUGGCUGACUUUGUAGUUCAGUAUGAUGUGACCAUGCCAGAUGUCGCAGGUGAUGUACAGAUCUACAACGGCUACUUCGUGCACUACUUUGCCCCAAGGGGGUUGCCCCCGGUUCAGAAGGAUGUGGUGUUCGUGAUUGACGUGAGCGGCUCCAUGUAUGGCACAAAGAUGAAGCAGACCAAGAAGGCCAUGCAUGUCAUACUAAGCGACCUCCACCAAGACGACCACUUCAACAUCAUCACUUUCUCUGACACAGUGAGUGUCUGGAAGCCCGGCCAGUCCAUCCCAGUGACCUCUCAGAACAUUCAGAGGGCCAAGAACUACAUCAGCAAGAUGGAAGCCGAUGGAUGGACCGACAUCAACGCAGCUUUGCUUGCAGCUGCCUCUGUCUUCAACCACAGCUCCGCCAAGGCAGGGAAGGGAAUUAGGGAACAGAGAAUCCCACUGAUCAUCUUCUUGACAGACGGCGAACCCACCUCAGGGGUGACGGCCAGCAGCCGCAUUCUCUCCAGUGCUCAGCAGGCCUUGAGAGGCACGGUCUCUCUCUUUGGCCUGGCCUUUGGGGAUGAUGCCGAUUAUGGACUGCUGAGGCGCCUGUCACUAGAGAACAGGGGGGUGGCCCGGCGUAUCUAUGAGGAUGCCGAUGCGGCUUUGCAGCUCAAGGGCUUCUACGACGAGAUCGCCAGCCCUCUGCUGUAUGACGUGGAGCUGGCCUACCUGGAUGGGGUGGCCCAAGACCUCACCCGGAACCUCUUCCCCAACUACUUCCAGGGAUCUGAGCUGGUUGUGGCUGGGCGGGUGAAGUCGGGGGUGCCAGAACUGCGGGUGCGCACUACGGGGCAUGGCCAAGAGGGGCCCCUGACCUUGGAAAACGAUAUCUCAGCCAACACCUCCGAAGCCGCUCCCUUCGGCUGCCUUAGGGAUGCCGGUCAGAUCGGUCACUUUGUGCAGAGGCUCUGGGCCUACUUCACUAUCCAGGACCUGCUUCAGGCUCGCUUCCGAGCCAACGAUACUGCAGCCCGGCGCCUGCUGACUGAGAAGGCAACCAACCUGUCCCUGAAGUACAACUUUGUCACACCUGUAACCUCCCUGAUAGUGGUGCGGCCAGAAGAGGAGGACAAUAAAGGGCAGCCUGCUAAAUCAACUGUCCCUCCCCGAGUGACCAGACCACUUAAAGCCACGCAAGCACCGGGAACGUCUGCAUUGCCGUGGCCCUCCAAAGUGGCUAAAACGUCCUCUGGACGUGGCACGACCAGUGCUCCCGUGGUCAUGAAAGCACCCAAGGGCACACCAGCGCCAGGGACAGGGCCCACUGCCCUGGUCUCAGUGACAGCGACUGGACUCGUCAAAGCCGUCCGACCCACAUCUCUGCCCGUUGCUGCCACGGCCACCAUCACUACCAGCCAGGCACCCCCACUACCGACUGCUAGCCACACUAAAGCAGCUAAAGUCUCCCCGGGCCCAGGCGUUCCUGCCGCGUCUCUGGCUCCUGCUGUAACCCGCGGUCCCACCAAGCCACUGAGACCCACGGCCUCCACCAGGGCCACCAGAUCACCCAUCAGACCCUCCAAACCUAGUCCCACCAGAGCUGGGAGACUCAGGAUCACAGUUCAGCCUCACUUGGUUCAGGAGACGAGAGGAACAGCCGUUACCAGAGUCCUGGGAGGGGGCACCAGCCCAGCCCUCACGCAUACUCUGCACCCACCUGGCACUGCAAAGGUUCUUGGGAAGAACUCUAGUGGCUGGGAGCUGCAUGAGGCCACGCCACGGCUAGCCACCGAGCACCAGCCGCACACGCACGGGCAGGGAAGUACCUCCAGGACGGAGACAGUGAACACCCCUUGGAGUAGGCCGACACCCAAGGGUGGGACAGUCAUGAAAUCGGGCACUGAGAAGCCUCCACAGAAUAGCUCUCUACCUGGCAGCGCAACCCCUGGAGUUACGUCCCUGCUGCCUCAGGGAACAGAGUUACCUGGUAGGGUUCCCAGCAUGACGCCUGCCUCAGAGAUCGACCUCCUCCUCUUGCCCGGAGAGUCUGAGUUGCUCUCAACCACUGAGCUGGGUGUGGAAUUUGAGGAGUCGCUGAACCCCCCUGCGAUCUACAGUUUUGUGACAGCUGAGCAGCAGCCAGACCGCACGGAUUAUGAAGACUAUUCAGAUUACUUAGAAGGUGACAGCGAUUCAGGCACUCUUUGUGGCUCCUCUAACGGUGGCUUCUUCACGUUCUCCUCCUGGGUGGACGGAGACCCACACUUUGUAGUAAGGUUACCGCACUCCCUAGGGAACUUGUGCUUUACGCUAGAUGGAGGCCCAGGGGACCUCCUGAACCUGGUGAGCGACCCACAGACAGGGCUGACUGUCAACGGCCACCUAAUGGGUGCUCCAUUAAGGCCGGGCCAUGAGGAACAUCCUCGCACCUACCUUGAUGCCAUCAGCAUGGCGAUAGACCAUCCACGGGCAGGCUACGUGGUCAACGUGACACGGAUGGGCGUGACACUGCAGGGAGAGGACACGCUGGUGUUGCCGUUCACCCGCAGGGCUGUCCUGCGCAAGCCCCGCCUGGCGAUCUCCGUGUGGCCCGAGGCCAAUGUCACGGUGUGGAUUGGCCAGGGGGUGGAGUUCGUGGUCCUGCUGCACUGCUACAGCCACCCCACUGCCCUGCAGCGGGACCACCUGGGCUUCUACGUGGUGGAUGGCUCUGGGCUCUCCGCUGCCACCCGCGGCCUGUUAGGCCAGUUCCAGUAUGGUGACUUCAGGCUUUCCCCAGACCCUGUUCAGGGGAAGGAAGAAGCCUGGCUCUGGAGGGGCGCUCACAAGGUACCAGUGGCCGAAGUCACCAAGGUACUGAAGGAUUCCUCCCGGAGGGCACACGAGACCCCCUGCUGGCUGGUGAAGCGUAAGGAUGUGGAGGGUCUGCUGGGAGCCCCCUACAGCUCCUACCUGGCCUCCCACUUGCUGGAAUUGUGA